AUGAGCCUAAAAUUAGCCUACGUCUUUAUACUUUUGGCAGUAGUAUCGACGACCUUACAAGAGUCGCUCCUAGAAGGAGUCAUAUCGUUACUGCAAGAUGGGGAAAAUCAAUGGACUGAUGAACCGGCAGACGUACCAAUUUACAAAAUGCAAAAAGAAUACGAUUUCGUGAUAGUAGGGGCGGGCACAGCUGGAUGUGUAUUGGCCAAUAGACUUUCCGAAAACCCGAACUGGUCGGUUCUACUUAUAGAAGCAGGUCGUCCCGAAAAUUUAUUGAUGGAUUUUCCAAUAUUAGCCAAUUAUCUUCAAUUCACUGAGUCGAACUGGCGAUACAAAACAGAACCGAGUGGUAGCUUCUGCAUGGGCUUGGAUAAUCAUCAGUGCAACUGGCCCAGAGGUAAGGUCGUUGGAGGUUCCAGCGUACUGAACUACAUGAUAUACACAAGAGGAAACUGGCGAGAUUAUGAUAAUUGGGCUAGAUUAGGAAACGAGGGAUGGUCCUUCAAAGAUGUUCUACCUUACUUCAAAAAAAUCGAAAACUUCACGGUACCAGAAUACCAAGACCCCGAAUUUCAUGGUUCGAAAGGCUAUCUGACAGUGGGAUAUUCUCCUGGUAAAACCAAAAUUGCUGAUGCAAUAGUCCAGUCUAGCAUUCAAAGCGGCAUACCAUAUGUAGAUUACAACGGAGCUACACAGAUAGGAGUAUCCAGGCUUCAGCUCAGCAUGAAAGAUGGAUAUCGAGACAGUUCCAGUAGAGCUUACCUGCAUCCAGUGGCAAAGAGACCCAACCUACAAAUGACCAAAUUUUCUAUGGUAUCUAAAAUACUCAUCGACCCCGGAACUAAAACUGCCUUUGGAGUGGAGUUUGUAAAAAAUAAUAGAACCCAUAGAGUGUUAGCAAAGAAAGAAGUAAUAGUGUCUGGCGGAGCCAUAAACUCACCACAGUUGCUCAUGCUGAGCGGUAUAGGCCCGAAAAAGCAUCUUACUUCAUUAGGAAUACCUGUAAUAAGCAAUUUAAAAGUUGGGUAUAAUCUGAUGGACCACAUAGCCACGGGGGGUAUAACUUUUCUCAUAAACCAACCCUACUCCUUGCGCACAGAUAGGAUUAUCAACAAGGAAAACUUGAACUUAUACCUCAACCAUCACAAAGGACCAAUGUCCAUACCAGGAGGUUGUGAGGUUUUGAUUUUCCACGAUUUUUCCAAUCCCAACGACCCAGAUGGUUAUCCGGAUAUGGAAUUGUUGUUCCAAGGCGGGUCCAUUGUCUCUGAUGAGACUUUAAGGAAAGAUUUCGGAAUAACAGAUCAAAUUUACGACGCCGUUUUCAAACCAAUCGAAAAUGAAGAAAGUUUCAUGGUGUUUCCCAUGUUAAUGAGGCCCAAGAGUAAAGGCAGAAUCAUGCUGAAAGAUGGAAAUUACAAAUCAAAACCCAGGAUAUAUCCUAACUAUUUCGCUUUUGAGGAAGAUAUGAAGACUAUCCUGGAAGGAAUCAGACUGAUUUUGAAUAUAACUGAGCAACCCGCGCUACAGGCUAUAGGGACGAGGCUGCAUGACAUUCCAAUUCCACAAUGUUCACACUUAACCUUCGCGAGUGAUCCAUAUUUCGAGUGCAUGACAAGAUAUUUCACAUUCACGAUUUACCAUCAAAGUGGAACUUGCAAAAUGGGUCCGCCGAAAGACAAGAAAGCUGUCGUAGAUCCCAGGCUGAGAGUGUACGGUGUCAAAGGUUUGAGAGUCAUAGAUGCUUCUAUUAUGCCUGAAAUACCGGCAGCUCAUACAAAUAGUCCGACAUAUAUGAUUGCCGAAAAAGGAGCGGACAUGAUCAAGGAAGAUUGGGGAAUGAAUAUUUAACUGUGAUGAUUUAGAUUAAUAUUACGUGUAAAUAUAGAUAUUAGCGCA